UAGUGCCGACUGGACGGAAUAUAAAAAAAAUAUAUUAAAAACAGUGAAAAUGCCGCCAAUAGCUGUGCCUAACGAGGCGCCAAAGAAAUCCCUUCGUGUUGCUCUCAUAGGGCAGAGUACUUUUGCUGCGGAGGUUUUCAAACUCCUACAAAAAGAUGGCCAUCAAGUGGUUGGUGUUUUCACAGUGUUGGAUAAAGGCAACAGAGAAGACCCUUUGGCUACGAUUGCCGCCAAAAAUAACGUCCCACUGUUCAAAUAUAAAACAUGGAGAAUAAAAGGAAAAGUCAUUCCGGAAAUUCUUGAAGAAUACAAAUCGGUUAACGCAGAGCUAAACGUCCUCCCAUUCUGCACUCAGUUCAUACCAAUGGAAGUUAUUUUAUUCCCCAAAUACCAGAGCAUCUGCUACCAUCCGAGUAUCUUGCCUAGACAUCGUGGAGCUUCUUCUGUUAACUGGACUCUUAUCGAAGGUGACACGACAUGCGGUCUAUCUAUAUUCUGGGCUGAUGAUGGUUUGGACACUGGACCUAUUUUGCUUCAGAAAUCUUUUCCCUGUACCAUCGAUGACACAGUAGAUACGAUUUACAACAGAUAUUUGUAUCCAGAAGGUAUAAAGGCAUUAGGAGAAUCAGUAAAUAUGGUCGCUAAUGGAACGGCACCAAAAAUUACACAAACUGAAGAAGGAGCUACAUACGAUCCAGCUCUAUUCAAGCCGGAAACACAUCAGAUCGACUGGAGUAAAGGUGGUGUAGCCUUACACAAUUUCAUCAGAGGAUUAGAUUCAUCACCAGGUGCGACUACUUUCAUCAAUCCACAAACCAAAGAUGGAGUUAAUGAAGAGAGUGAAGCCAAUGUUGAAAUUAAAUUCUUCGGUUCGUCUCUUUGGGAAGGCGAAUAUGAAACAGAAGGAGAUAAAAUCUACAUUCCUGGUCUAAAGAAACCAGCUGUUAUUCACGAAGCAGGAUUAUUGAUCACAGCCAACGAUGGAAUCAAGUUAAACAUCCAAAGAUUAAAAGUGAACGGAAAAAUGAUUGGAGCACAAAACUUCUUCAAGGCUAGUGAGAGCAAAGUAUCUUUAGAAUUGACAGAUGAAGAAAAACAAUUCGUUGAAAACGCAAGAAACAUUUGGAAGGCUAUCCUUAGAAUCGACAUUGAAAAUGAUACCGACUUUUUCGAAUCUGGUGCUGGAUCUAUGGAUGUAGUAAGAUUAGUGGAGGAAGUUAAAGAUAUAGUCAAUGUAGAAUUACAAAAUGAAGACAUUUACAUGAAUACGACCUUCGAAGAAUUCUACACAGUCGCGAUACUAAAAGCAAGAGGAGAAUCUGGAAAUCAAGAAAUCGUAUAUGAUGGAGUUGAACUCGAAGUAAAUAAAAUGAAAAUCAAAUUCCCCACACAAUUAUUCAUAAAUGGUGAAUUUGUUAACUCUGAUAGUGGAAAGAAAUUAACAUUAAUCAAUCCCAGUGAUGAAACUGUUAUUUGUACAGUGGAGAGUGCAUCGAAAAACGAUGUAGACAAGGCUGUUAAGGCAGCACACAAAGCUUUUGAAGAGGGUGAAUGGUCGAAAAUAAGUGCUAGGGAACGAGGACAAAUAUUAUUUAGACUAGCAGAUUUAAUGGAACAGCACAAAGAAGAACUAGCAACAAUCGAGUCAAUCGACUCCGGUGCAGUCUACACAUUAGCUUUAAAGACCCACAUAGGAAUGUCAAUAGAAACAUGGAGGUAUUUCGCUGGAUGGUGCGAUAAGAUCCAAGGGUCUACUAUACCUAUUAAUCAUGCAAGACCAAAUAGAAACUUGACGAUGACAAAGAAAGAGCCUAUUGGUGUCUGUGCUCUGAUCACACCAUGGAAUUAUCCCUUGAUGAUGUUGUCGUGGAAAAUGGCGGCUUGUUUGGCAGCUGGAAACACCGUUGUUAUGAAGCCUGCUGCUGUAUGUCCGUUAACAGCCCUCAAGUUCGCGGAACUAUGUGUCCGUGCGGGAGUUCCCCCGGGAGUAGUUAACAUUCUUCCUGGAAGUGGUACAGUUUGUGGACAGGCAUUGGCUGACCAUCCGUUGGUCAGGAAACUUGGCUUCACUGGCAGUACUGAGAUUGGUCAAACUAUAAUGAAGUCUUGCGCCGUUUCUAACAUGAAAAAGGUAUCACUAGAGUUGGGCGGUAAAUCCCCACUUGUCAUCUUUGAAGACUGUGAUCUCGACAAAGCUGUGAGAAAUGGCAUGGGUUCCGUGUUCUUCAACAAAGGUGAAAACUGCAUCGCUGCUGGUCGACUCUUUGUAGAGGAAUCGAUUCACGAUGAAUUUGUAAGACGAGUUAUUGAGGAGACCAAGAAAAUGAGUAUCGGCGACCCCUUGAACAGAGGAACAGCGCAUGGACCACAGAACCAUAAAGCACAUAUGGAUAAAUUGAUUGAGUUCGUAGAGCGAGGCAUUCAAGAUGGCGCCAAGCUAGUGUAUGGCGGGAAACGCGUUGACAGACCGGGCUACUUCAUGGAGCCGACCAUUUUUGUUGACGUCACAGAUGACAUGUGGAUCGCUAAGGAAGAGUCUUUUGGCCCUAUUAUGAUUAUUAGCAAGUUUAGCAGCAAGUGCAUCGAUGACGUGAUUCGUCGCGCAAACAACACAGAAUACGGUCUAGCGAGCGGUGUGUUCACAAAGGAUGUAUCCAGAGCGAUGCAGUUCGCCGAAAAGAUAGAAGCAGGAACCGUGUUCGUCAACACGUAUAACAAGACAGAUGUAGCAGCGCCUUUUGGAGGCUUCAAGCAGUCUGGUUUUGGAAAAGAUUUAGGUCAAGAUGCUCUCAACGAAUACCUCAAAACGAAAACAAUUACAAUAGAAUAUUAACAAACAAAUUAAUGUACAAUAAAUAUAUCGGUAUUUAAGUUUUAUUAUAGUUUAUAUUUUUAAUAAAUGAUCUUUUAAUUAUA